AUGGAGCAAGAGGAGAUCAAGAUGAUGAUUUUGGAUGGAGCAAGGGCGCCCCGGCACAUAAAUGGAGUCUACAAGCUGUAUGCAAGCAUCUCUGGUAGGGUUUUGCCUCGGUGCGGGGCGAAGAUCCCUGCCGGGUUUAUGAUGAAAAUUCCGAGUUGCUAUUUUGGAAAGAUUCAGAGGACAAGAAUAAAAAAGCUUGGAGGGGUUGUGGACAGCGAUUAUAGAGGAGAGGUAUGUGUGCUUGUCUACAAUGAUACCGACAGGGAGUUUGUGUAUGAGAAGGGAGAUGAGGUAGGAGAGAUGGCGGUUUGCAAGAUCGCAACCCCUGAGAUUAGAGACGUCAGUUCCAAUGAAGCUUCCCUGCAGUAG